AUGGACAUGAGCCGUGUGCAGCCUAGUAAGCUGGCCCAGGUUACCAAAGUGCUCAGCCGGACCAGUUCUCAAGGCCAGUGCAUGCAGGUCCAAGUGGAAUUCAUGGAUGACACUAGUCGCGCCAUCAUCCGCAAUAUGAAAGGUUCCGUCUGGGAAGGAGAUGUGCUGCUGAUGCUGCUGGAAUCAGAGUGGGAGGCUCACCGCUUGCGCUGA